AUGAAUUAAGAAAUAUAACAAAAAGAUCAAAUUAUGGUGUUAAUACAUUAACCAAAGAAUCAUCCUUGGACUGAAAUUUAAAUGGCUCAUGAGCCCACAACUCAUUAAAAAAAUAAGGAAUUUAAAGAGAAGUACUUAUCUUCUUGUUUUGAUGAAACUUAUAAUCUAUCAAAUCAAGAAAUAAAAGAAUGGUGGAAUCUAAGAGUUGAAUUAUAUUCUUUAUAUUCACAUGAAGAUGAAAAUUGUGUUAAAAGAAUCAAAGGACUAUGGUAUUUAUUGACCGAAACCGAAUUACAAGAAAUUAGAAAUUAAAAAUGGACUGAGUUUGGGUUUUAAUAGGCUGAUCCAACCACAGAUUUUAGAGGAGGCGGAGUAUAAUCAUUAGAUGAUAUUACUAAUUUUGUGAGUGAGUACAAAGACACUUUAGUUAAAGAAAUGUGUAAACCAUAAAAUGACUUCUAUUUUGCAGCAUCUUCUAUAAAUGUCACUUUCUUUAUUAAGCGAUACUUUCAUUUGCAGGAAUAGCUUGAUUAAAGGGAUGUAAAGGAAAUUGCAGAUAGAGUAGCACUUAAAAACUUUUGUAGAUUACUUGUAAAGGAAGAUAAUCUUUGGAAAAAAUUACACUAAUUAAUACUUACAGAUCUCUUCAAUGAAUGGGUGGCUUUAAAGAAAAGACGACCAGAAACAACCAUCAUGGAUUACGGUCCUGUGUUAGAAAGAGUUAAACAUAAAACUAAAAGAACAUUUUCAUCUAGAUUAUUUGGCAAUCUAAAAUAAUUAAUUGAGUUUUAUCAAUCAUAAUGA